CCCCACUCCGCUUCCAACCUCCUGCCCCCUCGCAGUGGCAAGCGACUACGCACGCACGCACGCUGUGAGCAUAAAGCCCUCGCGCACCAACAGGCCCCUUGUCGCUUCCAUCGAUUCGACGCCGGCCCACGUCGACGCGGCGGCAGCGGCGUCACCACCUCGCCACAGCCUCCUCUCCCAUCCCAAUUCUUGAAUCGCCGACCGAGGAGGAGGCACAUUCGCCUCCGAUUCUACCGAGGCCGUAGCUCCCCGCGCAGCCGUGGAGCGAGAAAGAUUCGUGGGGGGUGGAGAGGGAGCCCAAUGACGUGCGCGCGCGCUGAGGACGCCAUCUCCCCUGUCGCCGACGACAUGGCAGCGGCCCCGGUAGGUGGUUUGAUCCAGAAGGUGGGUGCUAGCGGAGGCCGGAGAUCGGGCGGCUUGAGGAGCGCGCUGCAUCGCUCGGCGCAUCUGGUGGCGGGGGACAGCGAUGCGCCGGCGCCGGCGGCCGGUUGCUCCGGGGAUGGUAAGAGCAAUGGUAGUGGGAGAAGAGAAGAGAGCCACAGAGGCAGUAUGCGGCAGUACAGGUCGCAGCUCGAGCAGGAAGUCAAGAAAUUGCAGAGGCAGCUAGAAGAAGAGGUUGCUCUGAAUGUGGCGUUAGCAGAUGCUGUAACGCAAAAUGCCACGUCUGUAUUGAAGUCCUCUAUGAAGCUGCUUCCACACAAGGCACAGGACCUACUAACUAACAUUGCCUCAUUGGAGAGUACUGUUUUGAAGCUCGAAAAGGAGUUAAAUGACUUGUAUUACCAGCUUUGUCAGGAAAGGCAUGAAAGGCUACUUGCUGAAAAUAAUCCAGCAUGCUUGCCAUCUACAUCCCCAGAUGAUCACCAGUCAUUGUCAACUUGCACGUAUACGUGGGAAGAACACAUAUCAUCACUGAGAGAUUUGAAGUUUGGAGGAUCUGAGUCAAUGAGGUCAACACGACAGGACUCAUUCCUUGAACUUGAAGAUGACCAGGAUACAGGAGAAGAGCCUGAAGAUCAACAGAUAGUUUCUUUAAAUAGGCUGCUGGAAAAGCACCGAGACACCUCUUUGAAUAGACUUCUUGAAAAGCACCGGGAUGAAGAGAUGCAAGAAUCAUGCUCCAUGGAAAAAGAAGGCAAAGAAGAUGAGAAGAUUGACGCUUUAUCCUUUGAACAGUCCAUUCUAAAGAUAACUAGCAUGAAAGGAGGGAAUCUUUGGAAUAAUCCAAAUCAGCUCUCUGAGGAGAUGGUGCGUUGCAUGAGAAACAUUUUUCUACGUUUAUCUGAAUCCUCGAAGAUAUCGCCAAAGACACCUUCAGAUUGUUCGUCUUCCUCAGCGGAUUGUCUAUCAGGCUCUACACUGGCAUCUUUCUCAGAUUCAUCCAUAAUACCCUCAAUGCUACGGAGUCCUUCAGUUGAUUCAAACCACAAUGAUGAAACAACGAAGGAGGUCAGAAACUUUGAUCCGUAUAAAGUUAAUGGAAAGGACACCCGAAGAGAUAUUGGAAACUAUCGUUCAGCUGCUGAAGUAUCUUGGAUGUCAGUUGGAAAGGAUCAACUUGAGUAUGCAUCUGAAGCUCUAAAAAAGUUCAGAUUUCUUGUGGAACAGUUAUCAAAGGUUAAUCCUAGUUGUAUGAAUUGUGAUCAACGGCUAGCCUUUUGGAUUAACAUAUACAAUGCCUUGAUAAUGCAUGCAUAUUUAGCAUAUGGAGUUCCUCGAAAUGACAUCAAGCUUUUUUCUCUAAUGCAAAAGGCCUGUUACACGGUUGGUGGCCAGUCCUUCAGUGCAGCUGACAUAGAGUUUGUGAUUCUAAAGAUGAAGACUCCAGUGAAUCGGCCCCAACUUUCUUUGAUGUUGGCUCUGAAUAAGUUCAAAAUUACUGAGGAGCACAAGAAGUAUUCAAUCGAUGAAAUUGAACCCCUUGUGUUGUUUGGACUCAGCUGUGGAAUGUUCUCUUCACCUGCUGUAAGAAUUUUCUCCGCUGCAAAUGUCCGACAGGAGCUCCAGGAAUCUUUGAGAGACUAUAUCCAAGCAACUGUUGGUACAAAUGACCGAGGGAAACUACUGAUUCCAAAGUUAGUGCAGAGCUACGCCAAGGGAACUGUUGAAGUCUCUCUCCUUGUGGACUGGAUCUGCCAUCACCUCACACCUGAUCAAGCUGCAGUCAUCCGGGGUUCUUCGUCACAGAGGAAGCAGCGGCUUCUUGGAGUGCGCAGUUUUACUAUUCUUGCAUUUGAGUCAAAAUUCCGGUAUCUCUUCUUGCCUGACAGUAGCAACUCCCAGAAGCUAGAAGCAAAACAAACUUCCUGAGCUGUGUUCAGAAUAAAUAAUAAAAGCUCACUUGGUAUUUUUGGGCCAUAAAACCAUUCUUAUGCAUAGUGGAACAUUUGAUUGGCAGUUGUAUAUGAUGUAAAUUUGGAAGAAGAAGAAGAAUAAAAAUGGAUGUUGCAACAAAGCUUAGAAGCUGCUCGGCUUCAAAAAGAGCUUGAAUGAGGGUAACAGUUGGUUGCGAAAUCGGAUUCUCUCUGUAGAGCUGGGUGACAAAGAUUGCUAAAUAUACCGAGGAUAACUUUUUGUUGUUUCUUUUUUCCAUAUACCUUUUUCUUUUUCUUUUCUGUAAAGCUCCUUGUCUUGGCCAAUUGAUUUGUAAGUUUUGUGCAAAUAAAGUGGAUAUACAGUUUUGUAUAAUGUGCGAGUGCGUUGCUUUUCACUGCAAAUCUUCAAUGUGGCUACUCUGCUAGAAUGGACUGACGAGUGAGCAUUCUGUAAGACAUGCAAAUGGUGAUUGUUGAUGCUUACUACUUAUGGCAACAAUGUUUCUCCAUCUUAAUGCAUGUCGUACCGGCCA